AUGCGAGAUUCAGCAAUAAUGAUAUGUUAUCGUGAAUGUUUAUCAAAUCUAGAGAAAUUCAACGGUGGAGAAGAAUAUACAAUUUUACAGUUUAUCAACAAUAUCGAAAGAAUUGGGAAAAUGAUCGAUGCAAAUGAUAAGAUUUUAUAUUUUAUGCGUAUGGCAAAAUUAGAUGGUGAAGCACAACAGCCUGAAACAACAGUACCGUAUGUUCCAUAUAUUACAAAUACAGUAUCAACAACUAAUGAUGCAUCAACAACGUUACGGACUCCUACUUAUAUAACUGUUCAAAUAAAUAAUAAACAACAUCAAGCCAUUGUCGAUACUGGAUCUGCAGUCACCAUUAUUAAUCAACAAUUAUUAAAAAAGAUUUAUCACACGGGAUUUAUUUACAAGAAGCAAUUACACAAAUCAGCUAAUUGUACGUCUAUUAAUAUUAUUGGUGAAAUUCAACUUGAAGUUAAAAUACAAGGACAUAAAACUUUAAUUAUAGCGGCUGUUGCAACGAAUCUUAAUACUGAUCUAUUGCUUGGAAACGACUGGACUAUGCAAAACAAUGUUAAUAUUGAUUCAUUACAACGGCAUAUUACUAUUAUUGAUCAGAACCGCCGCGAAUUAGCAACAGCUCCAUUCGUUCAACCUUCAAAUCUUCAAGCUGAAUUAAAUAAUCAUUUUAUUUUACCAAUGUUAUCCGAAGAAGAAAAUUAUCAACCAAAAUAUUUUAAAUCAUUUAAUUACAAGAGGAACAACACUCAAAAGAGUGGUUCCUGUGAUCCAUUGCUUCCUGAGAAGAGGAAGGUCCGAUUUACGGAUUUUACCUGUGAAACAGAACGUCGUGACGAACAACAACAUCAAUGUUAUGUUUGCCAAGAACAAUUUUUACCACACAAUAAUUUACAACAGCAUUUGCAUCAGAAAUGUUAUCCGUCAGAAGCAUCAUUAGAAAAUGAUACUAUAAAUAUUUUAGACGAAAACGCAUUGAAUUAUAAUGAUAGAGAAGGGGGUCAUGUACGAGAUGAACCUUCAAAUGAAAUUGAAAACAUGUCUGCUGAUGGCAUUCAGCAAGAUACAAAGAACGAUCAAAAUCAACAAUAUAUAAAUCAUAAAUCAUUAACAAGAAGCCAACGACAAAACCGCAAGCAUCGAGCUAAAAGAUACCGUUAUGAAAUUAUUCGGAAAAUUUAUCAUAAAUUUACCAUUACAGAUAUUAAAAAAAUCUUAAUACUUGUGGAUAUUUCUGGUCAACCGUAUACCGUACAAAAAAUACUUGAAAUACCAUCUUCACAAUUAAAUUUGAUGUUAACAGAAUUGAAGCGAAAAGAUCUAUGUUUAGGAACCCGUGAUUUAGCAAUGUUAAAUGAAUUCGUGUCGUUAUUAGUUCUAAUUGGUGAAGCAACAACGGUUACUCAAGCUCAAAAUACACCGUCAAUUAGGGAUGCACCAGUACCAGUAUUUACUGGACCAGUAGACCACUAUAAUACUGGUCACCAGUAUAAUACUGGUCACCAGUAUUACUGGUUUUCUACUUCAAAACUAAUUAUCAGCUAA